GUGAUAACUCAAUUUUGAUUUCAGGAAGUAAAGCAGUCUGCUGCGUUCAUCCUCCUGCUGUUAUAAGACACAACAAGGCCCUGAAAGGCGAGACUGGAACCAAUUCAAUCAGAUAAACAAGGAUACUUGAUAUGAAUUGCUGUCUUGUUUUGUAAAUCAACUGUAUUCAUUGACUGGCGUCUUCCCAAGCCCCCCUCCUCACAAUGCCAGUGUUGCAGGUGACCAUACUGUGUUUGGCUGCAUUGAGCCUGAGCACAGCACUGGUCUGUCCAGAUGGAGGCAUGUGUGCGGAGAAAGACACCUGCUGCAAGAACACUGAGGGAGGCUAUGGCUGCUGCCCGCUACCAAAUGCUGAGUGUUGUUCAGACCACCUCCAUUGCUGUUACGAAGGGACUAUUUGUGAUUUGGUCCAUCGCAAAUGUGUAAAUAAAACGGUUUCCCUGCCAUGGAUUAACCGCCUUCCUACUACACAGCUGGAGGAGAGGGUGAAGGCAGUUAUUUGUCCUGACAUGGUGUCUGAGUGUCCGGAUGGCACCACCUGCUGUGAGCUUCCAGACAGCUCUUGGGGCUGCUGUCCCCUGGAGAAGGCAGUCUGCUGUUCGGACAAGAUGCACUGCUGCCCGGAGGGGACCAACUGUGAUCUUGUUCACUCUAAGUGUAUUUCCUCCACAUCAGAGCCCGUCCCAAUGUUUAAGAAGGUUCCUGCUAAAAGAAGACCAAAUAAUCCAGAAUCUCAAGUGGGUGCAAUAACUUGUCCUGGAGGAAGAAGCAGCUGCCCGGAUGAUUAUACCUGCUGCUUGCUUCCCACUGGAGACUAUGGCUGCUGUCCCUACCCUAAUGCUAUUUGCUGCAGUGACCAUGUGCACUGUUGCCCCAGUAACACCAUCUGUGACCUGAAGAAGGAAAUAUGCCAGUCUGGAGACACACUGAUGCCUCUGCUCAAGAAGAUUGCAGCCACCCCUAAUGAAAUUGCCUGUUCAGACCAAUUCAUUUGUCCUGAUGAGACAACAUGUUGCAAGAUGACCUCUGGAGAUUAUGGCUGCUGCCCCAUGCCUGAUGCUGUCUGCUGUGAUGACAACAUCCACUGCUGUCCUUCUGGUACGCAGUGUGACUCGGUCCAUAGCACGUGCCUUUCAUCUACUACCAACACAUCAAUGGUCAAUAAAAUCCCCGCUCUCAGGAAAGAACCGGCAAAGCUACAAACAGAAGUGGAUAAUGUUCCAUGCAACGGUUCAGUGGCCUGUGAGGAUGGAAACACCUGCUGCAAAAUGCUAACUGGUUCUUGGGCUUGUUGUCCACUUGCUGAGGCUGUUUGCUGUGAGGACCACCUGCAUUGCUGCCCCCAUGGCACGGUAUGUAAUCUGAAAGCCUCUACAUGUGACAGUAUGACUGGGAGUCUGGUGAUGCCCCUGGUCAGCAAAGAUCCAGUAGAGGGUAGCGACGACAUCGAAUGUGACAAAGUUUCAAGCUGUCCUGACGGACAUACGUGCUGUAAGACCAGCACUGGAGAAUGGGCCUGCUGUCCCCUGCCUGAGGCUGUUUGCUGUGAUGACCACAUUCAUUGCUGCCCUCAUGGGACAGUGUGUAACCUGGCUGCACAGACGUGUGAUGACCCCUUUAGAGUGAGGCCGCCUGUGUCCUGGGUGGAGAAGGUCCCAGCUCUGACCUCAGAGGCUGAGAAUGAAAAAUGUGACAAACAAACCAUGUGUCCUGGAGGCACCACCUGCUGCAAGAAGACCUCCGGACAGUGGGCCUGCUGCCCUCUACCUCAGGCUGUGUGCUGUAAUGACCAUGAGCACUGCUGCCCUAAAGGCUAUAAGUGUAAUGUGGCCGAGCAGACCUGUGAUAAACCUGGAGAGGUGAGCCUGCCGUGGGUGCAGAAGACCCCCGCUCUACUAAAGGAGACACUCCAGACCCUGGCUGUGCCUGCUCCGUCCAGUACCAUGUGUGACCACCACACUAGCUGCCCACGAGACACUACCUGCUGCUUCAUGAAGAACACUCACAAGUGGGGCUGCUGCCCUGUACCACAGGCAAUUUGCUGCGAUGACGGAGAUCACUGUUGCCCACGCGGCCACACCUGUGAACCUCAUCGCUCGUCCUGUUCUAAAGGACCUCAUGUGAUUCCCUGGCUCACCAAACUGGGCGCCUUUAACGAAUCCAACUCUGUGACAGACGUCAAGUGUGACGACAAGAGCAGCUGUGCCUCUGGAACAACCUGCUGUAAGCUGCCCACAGGAGACUGGGGCUGCUGUCCACUGGUCAAGGCGGUUUGCUGUGAAGACCACGAGCACUGCUGUCCCCAGAGCUACACCUGUAACAUGCAGACAGGCACCUGUGAGAAGGCAGGCUAUGGGACCGCCCCCUUCACUGUUCCACAGCUCAGAGUCGUCCCACUGAAGCAAGGGGACAUGGAGGGUGACGAGGAAGUACCUUGUGACAGCUCAGGAAGCGUCUUUUGUCCCAAACAGGACACCUGCUGCCAGACCUCAGCUACAGAGUGGGCCUGCUGCCCCUCACCUGGGGCCGUGUGCUGCCCUGAUCUCAAACACUGCUGUCCAGCUGGGUUCUCAUGUGACCCGACCACAGGAGAGUGCACUCAGACAAACCUACUGACCUGGGACCCUCUCCUCCAGAACAGAAGAAGAGACUUUCGCCGUCCUGGACUCUAACCACAAGUUGUACUUAGGUUAUUAUACGAAUCUACAGAUGUUUGACAGCCAGGCUUGUUUAAGAUGUUGCCCAUUUAAAUAAGUUAUUUUUUGCACUUAAGAGCUUUUUUGGUGUUAAUUUUGAAGAUUUGAUGUUUUAAUUUUAUUUGGUGACUUGUGAUCUCUAUAAUGUAAUUGGCCAUCCCAUUAACAUUUCUUGUAUCAGAUCUAUCAUACAGAACAUAAAUGAGAGUAAAUAAGAUGCAGAUGGAGGCAAACGGAAAACAUGUUUAAUAGCAGACUAGUGUAAUUGUUUUGUUGGGAACAUUGUUUCCACCAUCAGGUUUGUCUAAAAAGUGAAUGUAAUUUGACACAGAUGCGUUUUAUACAUAAGGAUAGAUAAUAUUUUUGUUGUUUCAACAAAAAAAAAAGUGAAUCAUGAAAAAAAAAAAAGACUUUUUUUUGUUGUUCCUUUUUAUAAUGAAUGCAGUGUGAUUUGAUUUGACUUUUUUGUGAUGAUUCAAAUAGAUACAUAUAUUCAAUUAUUUUAUCAACUAGAUUUAGGACAGCUUGUGCCUUCUUAAUCAUUCCUGCAAGAGGUACCAGUCUCCACUUUUCACCUGGGAUAUACGGAUGUGCUGUUUUUGGGACGUAGGAUUUGAUGUUUAUUUUAACUGCAGCCAAAAGAUGUGAGCCAAAUGCAUGUUAUUGUCAUGAGAAGACAAAGGCUGGCAGUGCAGUGUUGGCAGUGCGAUGUAAACAGAGGUAUUGAGAAAAGGCUGUUUGAGAGAGUGCCAACCAAGACAGUCUUUGUUGGAAUACUUCACUGACUUUGCCUUCUACCUCGUCUCACACCGCAAUGUUAUAAUUAUUUUAGGAUAUUACGAUUUUUUUUUGUGUUAGGUUAGGAAAAACGGAUUUACUUUGCUACUGAACUGCAAAUUUUAAAAGCUUUUGUGGGUCUUAUCGUUGGUUAACAGUAUAAGAACUUGAAGCCCUAACUUAUCAUAAAAAAAUUUAUCCAACAGCAAGCAAAUAUUUUAUACUUGAUAUACUUUAGUAUACAAGUGCAACUUAAACUUUAUAUUAUGGAAAAUUGUGUUUUAGUAGUUCAAAUGUUCAUAUAUCAAAUGUGUGUAGGUUAAUUAGACACUCAAUUGUAAAAAUCUCGGCCUUAAUCACUUAUCUGUGGCUUUCAGAGUGAUGAAAGUUUAGCACCGUUUGAUUCAAAACAGGAUAUGUCUUUUUAAAUGGGCAGACGUUAAGAUAUCACUUAUAAACAGGAAGUUGAAGCCCAUGAAUAAUUCUCAAAUCCGGUAUCACAAAGUAUCAAGAAUAUUUAAUUAUAUCACUAUUGUAAUCACUAUUGUUUAUACGUGCUUUGUGCUUCCUUCUAAAUCCACAUGAUGAAUUGAACUUAACCUUAGUAAACAAACUACUGAAAUAUUUUUCCACAUUAUAUUUUUUAGGUUGCACCUGUAAAUGACAUUUCAAGCAUGCACCAAUCAUUUCAGUAUGAUCAUUUUGUCACUAAUUUCAAACGUUCUUAUGCUGAAGGAGAAGACUGAAUACUUGUGAAAUAAAACUGUUUAAAAUUA